AUUUUCGUCGCCGGCGCAGCUGUCCGCAUGAACGCACUGCCGACAAUGUCGAGUGCAGCGGGCGAGCGCGCUGGACGUGCGUGGUGCAGCAGGGCGGCGGGUGUGCCAUGGCUAAAGUACCUCGUCAUCUUGACCUCCAUGGCGAGUGGCAUGUACCUCCUCGUGGUCGACGUCGGCGGCGCCAUUGCGGCCUGUCAAACCCUCUACGGCUACGACAGCGCGAAGCGAGGAUAUACCGUGUACGAGUCGCCGACAAUCCGUCGCUUCCUCAAGAUGGGCAUCGUCAACCGCACGAGACAACUAGACCAAGUUGCAGGCGCGGUUGCCGCCAGGCAGCGCAUCAUGUACAUCGAGGCCCACGAGCACGACCCUGACGACUACGUGAUCGUGUACGGCAACUGCUCCAGCCUGGGCGGGUACCAGGAUGGCGACCGAUUGUACGCCGACUGGCACAUGCUCCCGCUGCUGCAGCACAUCCUCGUCGGGAUGAACUCGUCCGUCAACUUGUCAGGUGACGAAAUCACCCACGUCGCGGUCGUCGACUGUGCGUACAGCGGCCGCGUGUUCCAGGACACGUCCAUGUUCAAGGGGUACCUCGUCGACGUGGCGUUGACUACGAUUACGUCGUUUGCGCUGCAGACGAUGAGCGCGAUGCGAGAGAGCACUCGCAUGGAAGGCCAAGUAGGGCCAGUUGUGGUGUCGAAAGCGUCGUGGAGUCAAUUUGCCCUCGGGCCAGACGACGCCGCCGACCUGCCGCGCUUUGGGCUGCACUACGAUGGCGUGUCCGAGUAUCGAACGCUUGUCGCGUUUAACUUUCCAUACGAGGUGGGCACACCAUUCCACGACGCCACACGCAUCACAGACGGCCGCGCGAUGCGACUCAACCAGUGGCACUGGCGCGUCAAGGCCACAAACGAGCUGAUCGUGAUGAACGGGUACUCGGGGUACUACCGAGGGAGCAAGGACGCCCAGACGAAUUUUGUGCGGUAUGUGCUGUCGAUGGACGACGAUCCGGUGCGGGACUUGUGCGUCGACUACUUUAAAGCGCAGGGAUACAACAAGGAUUCGAGGACGUGGCUGCAUGCGAUCGGGAUCGUGUCGGCGGUGGUCCGCGUGGUGUAUCCAGCGAUCGUGGCCGUUCACGUCGCGGUGGUGUCGCUCAGGACGUCGUCGUUCUGGCUCCCCGACGUGUGUCCCAACACCAUUCGCCAGCUCUACUUUCGCGCGGCAUGGAUUGCGUUCACUUGGACCGUCGAUCGAUUCUGGGUCGUGCACGAGUGGGUGCUGACGGUGGGGUAUACACGAUAUGAUCUCGAGCCGAUGGUCGCCCCCGAUGACCUCGUCCGCAGCGACUGCCUCACGUGCUUUCUUGUGCUGACCGACGUUGUUGCGACCGUUCUUCGCAUCCCCAUCGUGCCCGUCGUGCCCGUUCUCGUGUAUGCACUGUGCUACACCGCCCGGGAAUCCCUCGUCCAAACAUUCACGACGGCUGCCAUGGAGGUCGCGGUCUCGAACUACAUGAACGACUUUUACUUGCGCAACCUGAUCGCGUCCUCGCCGACAACCAUGGACUUUUGGACGCUGUACGAGCUGUCGCCGGGCGACCCCCCCACGUGGUUGAUCAUGCGUGAAUUUGUUUGGUUCUUUCUCCCGUGUGGUGCCAUCGUCAUCGGCCUCGUUCUCGUCAAGGUGGUCCGACUUGUCCACGCACGGCCGCGCGUCGCUCAGGCGGUCGAUGCCAUCGUCGUGCAGGCCGACCCGACGACCAUCAUGGACAACACGGCGCACACGCUCCAGUACCUAGCGCCAUUUCAUCGGGUCCGCGAGGAUGGCACGUGUGGCAUUGUGUCUAUCUUUCCGACACUCGAGUCUCGCCAGGCCAUGGCUGGCCCGCAGCUGGAUGGAUCGAUGUUUCGCCUCAGCAAAGCGAGUGUCUGGGCCGCAGGAUGGGUUCUCCUUGACGUGCGCUUCCUGGUCAGGAUAGAGGACCUCCCGACCUUUCUCUUCAACGGCCUCCAUGCGUCCAGCCUCGCCAAAGUGUACGGAUGUCCCGUUGAGAAGCGCGAAUCUCAUCCACGUGGACCCGUCGACGGCGGGGCUGGCGUCAUGAUUUUGACGCCGCGCCUCGUCCCGUUGCCGCCAGCGGCCCUGACGAUAACAAGCCUCGGCCAUCUCAGCUUAGAGACGCUCUGGGUCGACGAAAUCCCCGUGUCCGACACCCAAACCACGAUCACGACGGCGCUGCGACGAGCGUCGUCUCGGGCGUCCGCGGCGCCAUCCCAGCGCUCCCUAGGCUCUCGACGGUCCCAAUCGCAGACGACCCCCACGGUAUCCCAACUCCGGCCACCGUCUCGAUCGACGUCAUCUCGCCACCUGUCGCGCCAUCGAGGCUAACGUCGAACCGAUGUUGGCAUGGCUUGUUGUGGUCCACUCGCUGUAGUCUUGGUCAGCGAGGCAUCCGCCUGCCAUGCGCUCCUUCGACGGUCUCUGUCGACGCCUCUCGAUCGACUGCCACUUCCAUGUCUCCAGUGGUUGUGAGCUCGUACUACCUCCAUUGCGCUGGUCCGGACGGGGCAGCGAGUUUACAACAACGCACAAUUCGGUCCAAAAUUCUACAAGCUGGUUGCCUCACUCUAGCCUGCACAAACCCCACCGAGACGCACGCGCGAUGGCCUGCGGCAGCUCAGCACUUCCCUACGCGAUGCCUUUUUUCGACACUCGGGAUGUCGAUCGGCUGACUGAUCGACUGACUCUGCCGUGGUCGCUUUCCUCUGGGGACCGUGGCGACCUCGGGUCCAUCGCGUGGGCGGAGGAGCUGUGCAAGUCCAAACACGUCAACAUGGCGGACGCGCGUUUGUAGCCGACGAUUGGCAUUGGCGCAUGACGCGACCCUCGUUCAUGUCCGCCACAAGAGCACGACGUCCCCAUGCUGGUAGCCACCAUCGUCGACUGCGCUGUAGCUGGCAUGACCAGGUCAAUCCAAUCAAAGAUGCCUUGGAGCUAGGAUGAAUGUCGAUCUAUGUCGUGCCAGCGGGCUGGUCGGAGCAUUUCCAACCUACGACGGACGUAUCAGGGCUGUCUGGUGCCAUCUCGACACGCAUCCACUCGCUGGAAUCGCUGCCAUGAUGAACAAACCGCGGGGGCCAUCGUGGGUUGCGAGUCCU